AUGGACCGCCAGAAGGAGGAGCGUGAGCGUGGUGUGACCAUCUCCUGCACCACCAAGGAGUUCUUCACCGAGAAGUGGCACUACACUAUCAUUGAUGCGCCAGGCCAUCGCGACUUCAUCAAGAACAUGAUCACUGGUGCCUCCCAAGCCGACGUGGCACUGAUCAUGGUGCCCGCAGAUGGAAACUUCACCACGGCCAUCGCCAAGGGCAACCACAAGGCAGGAGAGAUCCAAGGCCAGACCCGUCAGCACAGCCGGCUGAUCAACUUGCUCGGCGUGAAGCAGAUUUGCAUUGGAGUGAACAAGAUGGACUGCGACACUGCCGGCUAUAAGCAGGCCCGCUAUGAUGAGGUGGCCAACGAGAUGAAGAGCAUGUUGGUCAAAGUUGGCUGGAAGAAGGACUUCAUUGAGAAGAACACCCCUGUAAUGCCGAUCUCCGGCUGGAUGGGUGACAACUUGCUGAAGAAGUCCGAGAACAUGGGCUGGUGGAAGGGUCAGGACGUGGAGGUCGGAAGCGAGAAGAUCCAUGUGGACACCGUGUAUGACGUCCUGGACAAGAUGUGCCGUGUGCCUGAGCGACCCGUCAGCGCUCCCAUGAGGAUGCCGAUCUCGGGUAUCUACAAGAUCAAGGGUGUCGGUGAUGUGUUGGCUGGCCGCGUGGAGCAGGGAGUGGUGAAGCCCGGAGAGGAGGUGGUUUUCCUGCCCACCCACACCGCCUCCAACCCUUGCACAGGCAAGGUGUUCACCGUGGAGAUGCACCACCAGCGUGUGGACUUUGCGAACCCCGGCGACAACGUCGGCCUCAACAUCAAGGGUUUGGACAAGAACAACAUGCCGCGCUCCGGGGAUGUCAUGGUGUACAAGAAGGACACUACGCUCGGCCAGACGAAGGAGUUCGACGCGCAGAUCCAGGUCCUCGACAUCCCCAACGAGAUCAAGGUUGGCUACUCCCCCAUCGGUUUUGUGCGCUGCGGCCGUGCCGCAUGCCGUGUGUCCGCCCUGAAGUGGAAGAUGGGCAAGGAGACCGGUGGCAAGAAGAUGGAGGACCCGCACUCCCUGAAGUCCAACGAGAUGGCCCAGUGCAGCUUCCAGCCACAGCAGCCGUUGGUCUGCGACACUUUCAAGAAUUGCGAGGGCCUCUCCCGCGUUGCCUUCAUGGAUGGCAACGGUGUGGUCAUGUUGGGCAAGGUGGUCAGCUGCGAGCGCAAGGGCGAAGACGACAAGGGCGGCAAGAAGAAGUAA